AUGGAGACAAUAGCGAUGCUUCGCUUGCUGUUGAUUCUGACGCUGCUUCUAACGGCAUGGACGCUGCCGAAGCCAGGGCCGAUCACACGCCCAGGGACGAAGGCCGCGAUGGACCACUGCCACCAGAUCACCGGCUUUCGCUGGAAUGGACCGCCUCGACCGAGGCCUGUUAAUGGACCAGACCCGGCUGAUGACCAGCCAGCCUGCUCAGAGGCCACGCAUACGGAGGACACAACCACAGUGCAAGAUGAGCGUCCGCGCUACACACCAGCAAGGCGCCCGUGCACUCUGGAAGAAUCCUCUGAGUCGGAAUCCUCCACCAGCUCUGCCGAAGACGACGAACCAGCUCUUGACGACGCUGCAGCAGCGAACGACGACGCGGCACCAGGCGAGGGAUGGUGGUCGGAAACAUCCCUCAUCCCCGAAGAUGAGGAGCUGGAAUCAGCCCGAACUGCAUUCGUCAACUUGUACCGAAGACAACUACGCGAGGAGGAUGAAACACUCAACAGCCGUACCAUGGCUGCUCGAGUGGGGGCACUUCGCAGAAGGCUCAACCAGCUCACCUGGCAGCAGAUCCAGAGCCUAUCGACACAGCGCCUUCAGGGCGCUUUCCUGCGUGAGUGGUCGGACUAUGAGUACCGCAUUACGCACACCUACCAUCCUGGGCGAGGACAGGAGGCGGGCGACCAGCAGCCGAAGAUGUGCCCCUUCCAGGAAUUAAUGGCUUGGCUUGCCACAAACGGCACAUGGGAUGUUGUCAUCCUCCAAGAAACCCAUUGGGGAGUCACCGAGGACUUCUGCAGUGGAGAGUGGAGCUGCAUACACAGCUCCGGCCAUGCAGCGAAGGACAAUCCGGACAAGUACGCCGGCAUCCUCAUCAUGAUGUCUCGCAAGGCCUUCCGUAACAUUGCAGCCCAAGAGCAUGCAUCUCUGCAGCUUCGGCCCUUUCGGCACAUGCCGAAGGACCAGAAGGCUCCGCCUGCCUUUGACCGGAACGCACUACAAGCAGCCAUAGCAGCCGAUGACCCGCAGGCCCAGCUGCUGCAGCAGACGGUGUCUGCUCGCGUCAGUGCACUGGAGGUGCCUGCCUCCAUUCAUCUCACGCACCAAGCCAUCAACGACAUACUGCUGCAGGAAACCAGCAGACUCUUCCCGGUGCGAGCCCGGGUGGACCACAGGGUCAGUGCGAACCCCGGCUUCCGAGCUAGUGCCACUCACACAUGGGCACUGUACCGUGAGCUCAAACGGCCAGGUGUUGUUACUUUGGCCAACGUCUGGCAAAGGUGGCGAGCUUGGUCCAACUUCAACCGGGCAUCCAAGGAGCUUAGACAACAGAGUCGACAGCGCAAGGUGGCAUUCCACCAAGACCAGCUGCAGCAGGCUGAGAAAGCCAGAGUGGCCUCACGCCUUAAAGACGAGAAUGGCAAUAUCAUGACUGAGAAGGCGGAACUUGCAGCAGUGCUCAAGUACGGUCAAGCCACUUUUGCCCAGCUACCGGACAGCCGACCUCAGCUACCCCUGCUAGAGGAUCUGACUCUCACUCUGGACGAAGUGUGGUACGAGCUCUCCCACCUACAUCCUCGUAAGGCGGUCCCUAGCCACUGUGCUCCAAGCAUUGUGUGGAAAUACUGCGCGCAGGCACUCCACCAGCCUCUGGGCAAUGCGCUGAAUCAGCAUUUCCAGGUCGAGCAAAUACUUCAGCAAAACCAAAGCAACCGCUUCACCAUGCGACAGGGCUUCACUCCAUCACGAUGUGCAGGAGGCGCCUGCCUCAGCUUAGACCUUUCGAAGGCAUUCGACUUUGUGGACCGUGAUUGCCUCACUGACUCGCUCCUUGCACAGGGCAUUCCUCCUAACAUCGUAGCUGCAAUUCAGCAGCUCCACAAGCAGGCCAGGUAUCACUACAACAUUCGAUCCCAAACCGGAAGCAUUGUCACCACAAAUGGCAUCAAGCAAGGCUGUCGGGUGGCCCCGGUGCUAUGGCUGUGCUACAGCAUCACAGUUCUCCAAGAGCUCGCCAGGCAGAAGGGCGACCUUGAGCUCCUGCUGGAAGUUCUCACUAUCUUUAAGCUGAAGGUGAAUUACCAGAAAACCGCCCUGCUCCUCACCCUACAGGGCAAAGAUGCAGAAGAUAUCCUAGCCCGACACACGAUCACCAAAGAGGGCAAAACUUAUCUCAAACUCACUGUCCUUGGCGCAGAGCAACACCUUCACAUUCGAGACUCCCACGUCUACCUAGGCACGAUCAUCACUUACAACCACAGACUGGACCUCAAUAUAUCCCAUCGUAUUGAGUCGGCCCAAACCAAGUACCAACUCAUAAGGCGAAUCCUCAACGGCAAAGGGCCACUCUCCACUCGACAUAAGCUUCGACUUUGGAAUGCCUGUAUAUCCCCCAGCUUAAGCUAUGCCAUUGAAGCCGUAGGCUGGACCCCAUCUGGGGUGAAGAGACUUCUCGUCCUUGCUACACGCCACAUUCGAGCCAUUCUGAAGCAGCCGGCGCACAUCACCCACAUUAGCAAUGCAGACAUAUGGUCCACUGCCCAGCUUAAACAGCCCACCCAGGUCAUUCUUGAAAAACUUACGAAUCUUAUUAAUCUUCGGAACCCAGCACAUCGCGCUACUGGUGCAGACAUAGUGACGAACGAAGCUGCACACGCCAGCCUCACUGCACUUCAGGCCGCUAUGCAAUCCGCCAACGACAAUGCUACAUCACAGGCCGCAGCGGACGAGUCUGCUGAAGCUGUUACAUGCCCGCACUGCCAAGCCCAAGUGAUGAAUCAGCAUGCCUUAUCCAUCCACAUUUCUCUCCACCAUCAGGAUGCGGAUAAGCCAGCCGCCGCUGAGUACCGCUUUGAUCCAGUGCGACACUCAAUAGCAGGCAUGCCUACAUGCCGAUUGCUUCUUCCUAGCGCGCAGCGACAGCCGCCUACAGAGGUCUGCAUCUCCCACUUCUUGAUCGGAAUGACAUACGCGGAUCUGGAGGCGAGCAUCUUCGCCCACUGCAUGCCCUCUGGGGCAGCACAGGCCAGCGCGAGCGUGGGGAACGGGACCGACCCACAGCAAACGACGACCCGGGCGACACAGCCCAGCAAGCGUCCGAGAGGACCGGGAUGGGGUCCACCACAGAGGCCAUCGCGGACACCGUGGCAGCCACCAAUGUCACAUCAGCCAGUGCCUCAGCUGCCACCGCCAUAUCCCAUGGCGGACCAACAGCUCGACAUCAUCUCCAAGCUAGUGUUGAAACACGAAGAAGCUCUCCACAGCAUUCGCAAAGACACAUCAUAUGUGAUGUUUUUCCGCCAGGACGAGAAGAGCCUGGUGCCGAAUCUCAUGGAAGUGGCUCGCCAGUGGAGGGAGAAAGCCACAUCAGCUACGCCGGACCCUGCCUUGCAGUCUCCUCUCAGAACGGUCUUGAUCAACUGUUUGUUGAAGGAACUCCUUCAGCGCACUCAGAGGGUGGUUGCUACAGAGGAGGGACGAGCGAACCUGAAGGAAAUGGGCUGGAUCGACUCCCAGGGCCACUGGACCUACCUCAAAUGGAGCCCUCAACAGAGACGGCUGGUGCUGAACGAGGCAAGGACCCCUGUCACGCACGACGCCAUGAUCAAGACCAUAACGGAACUCCAGGCCAGCAUGACGGGCGAGAUUAUCCACCGCUUCAAAUCGAAACAGCCCAUGUGGUCGAUCGAGGAAGAAGGAAGCUCCCAAGCAGUUUUCGACUUGGAGAUCUCGCUACGCAGUGCCACAGCCGACGAGGCUCACAUGAACUUCGGAGUGCUCAUGGGGAAUGCAGUCACCAACCUGGUGGGGAUGUCCACGAAGAAAGACGACAGACCAAGGCAGCCACAGGCACAGCAGCUAGCACAGCUGGUUUACCCAGGCCGAUCGCAAUGA